AUGCUCGUGAAUGGCCACCAGAUUCACUCAGCGUCUACUUCAAGCGCGGGGCGGGUGAAUUUUGAGAGCUCAGGCUACAACUGCUGCCUCUUUGCUUACGGGCAGACGGGUACCGGGAAGACCCACACGGUGCACGGUGAUUGGCAAAGCCAAGAGCAUCGCGGACUACUUCCACGGCUGGCCGAAGGCCUCUUCGAGCGCUUGGGUAAGCUGGAAGGCAGCAGCUCGAGGGUACGCAUCUCCUACAUAGAGGUGUACAACGAUCGGCUCCGAGACCUCCUGAGCCCAAGAUCGGAAUUCGAUGGUUCGCCGCGGAAAGCGGUGCCUUCCGGUCCAGGCAGGCUAGAGAUACGAACUCAUCCAGCAGUGGGUGUCUAUGUGGAGAACCUGCAGGAGUUGGCAGUGGACUCCUUUCGUGACGUGGCGCGACUGGUGGCGAAAGGGGAGAAGUCCAAGAAGGUAGAAAGGACCACCAUGAACCAUCGCUCCAGCCGGUCCCACACGAUUUUCACCUUCAAGGUGGAGGUCCGGAAGUCGAGCCCGGAGAAGAAUAGCAUGGCCACCAUACAGAUCGUGGAUUUGGCGGGGCGCGAGAAUGAGCAGACCUCGGAGUGCAAGGGCGAGAGGUUCCAGGAGCUGAGGUUUAUAAAUCGCAGCCUGUUCGAGCUGGCCAACUGCAUCCAUGCCCUCUGCGAUGGCAACCGGGAGCACGUUCCCUUCAGGAACUCCAAGCUCACCAUGCUGCUCUCAGACAGCCUGACCAACAACAGCCGCACCACGCUGCUGGCGACGUUGACCCCUAGCCCUGGAGGAUUCGACGAGAACAUCCUCACCUGCCGCUUCCUGGAGUCAACGGGUGCGGUGCCCGAGCUUACAUGGAUGAUACCUUUGCAGGAGCGACUGGCCUCUUGCAUCGCGGACAUCCAUGAGCCCACUGACCUACAGUUCAAGCUUUGCACGACAGUGUUUAGGAUGUUGAGGACCUACGACGGAACGGAGCCUCUGGCCCUGUGGCUGGACGAUGAAAGCUUUGUGUCCUAUUGCCCGGACGUUUGCGAUGCGGGGAUCUUCCACCAGCUUUCAGAAACACUGGCCCUGGUAGCCUCGUCCGCACCGCGGCCUCCAAAGGACACGUCCGCUGCCAAUGACCGCAGCCAGUUCUAUGCCGCGGGCACCUUCGAGGAUGCCGCGCUGGAAGCUGCCCAGCGCUUCCGCUUGAACCCCCGCUGGUGCCUGGCGGGCCGCGCGCUGCAGGGCCAGCAUGUGGAGAGUGUCUUGGUGUUGCGAGACUUGGUUGAGAAGGAAACGCGACGGACCUUGGCCGCUAUUCCACAACUCAGCGCGCAUUUGGCGGAGAUGCCCCUCUUCAACAGCGUGCUGGUGAAUCACUACAUGGACGGCCAGGCUCAAAUCAAGUGGCAUGCUGAUGACGAGAACUGCUACGGCUGCCCUGACCAGAUUCUCAUUGGCUCUCUCUCCCUGGGGGCGCCCCGGCGCUUCGAGCUUCGCCGCAAGCCGCGGAAGGGGGAUGCGGACCGCAGCGCGCAGGCGCGGCAGAGUAUCCUGCUGCAGCCGGGCUCGCUGCUGAUCAUGGCAGGCGCCACGCAAGCGAGAUGGCAACAUUGCUUACCACCAGAUGACACCACCGAUCCGCGCAUCAACCUCACCUUCCGGCGGAUCUGUGGGGACCUGCGCCGCGGCGAGCUGCCGGAGAAGGAGCAAAAAAAACAGCGGGCGAAGCGGCGAAGUCGCAUCACCACCCAGCCGGUGGUGAACCGCUUUGCGGCUGCGGAGGUGGCCAAGACUCUCCAGGCUGAGAUCGCCGACCUGCAGUCGGGCUUGGCCGAGGGUGAGGCCUUGUCUUCAGCGGUCACAUUGCUGCGGCAGUUCAGCUUGGUCUGGGCGGAGGACAACACAGCCCAGGACUGCAAAUGA